UCCGAUUGCGCCUGCGUACACCACGUAUGCUUCUCCCUGAUCUGGCUCGAUGCUAAAGCGGACUAGCUGGCGAGUCAACGCCACUCAAGCGGGCUUCCAGCAGCAGUAGCAGUAGCAGAGUAGCGGGCGGACGAACGGAGGUGCCGCAGCGGCGAAAGACGCUCGGACGUCGCCGCGACUGACGAAAUGCCCGGCCAGCAGUUCCAGUACGAUGACAGCGGCAACACGUUCUUCUACUUCCUUACGUCGUUCGUGGGACUCAUCUUGAUCCCGGCCACUUAUUACCUGUGGCCCCGGGAUCAGAAUGCUGAGCAAUUGCGUCUGAAGAGCCUGCGUCGGGUGCACGGCAGGUGCCUGUGGUAUCGUCUGCGACUGCUCAAGUCCCAGAAGAGCAUCGUCCCCAGACUCAAGAAAGCGGGCUUCUUGUUUGGCUGGCUCAUCUUCCUGCUGCUUGCCUACAAGGUGUCCAAGCUGGACCGGGAGUACCAGGAGUAUAAUCCCUAUGAAGUUCUCAACUUGGACCCGGGCUCGUCGCUCUCGGAAAUCAAGAAGCAGUACCGCGUGCUGUCGCUGAAAUUCCACCCGGACCGAGGCGGCGACGAGGCCACGUUCAUGAGGAUCGCCAAAGCUUACGCCGCUCUCACCAAUGAGCAGUCCCGAAAGAACUGGGAAAUGUACGGCAACCCGGAUGGUCCAAGCGCAACCAGUUUUGGCAUCGCCCUGCCCGCCUGGAUCGUGGACCAGAAGAACUCCAUGCUGGUGUUGUUGGUCUACGGUCUGGCCUUCAUGGUUAUCCUUCCUGUUGUGGUGGGCAUGUGGUGGUACCGCUCCAUCCGAUACAGCGGAGACCAGAUCCUCAUCAACACCACUCAGCUCUUCAUGCACUUCAUGUACAAGACCCCCAACAUGAACAUGAAGCGUUUGGGCAUGGUGCUGACCGCGGCUUUUGAAUUUGACCCUCGCAGCAACAAAGAAGCCACCAUCCGACCCGCCGACAACGUCAAAGUGCCCCUGUUGAUUUGUAAGCUGGGAAACAUCAACGUGAAGAAGAAGGAGCCUCCCUUCUGCUACCCGUACAGCCUGAAGGCCCGAGUCUUGGUCCUCUCUCACCUGGCGCGCAUGGAUGUGUCCGAGGAGCUGAAGGAAGAUCAGAGAUUUGUGGUGAGGAAGAGUCCGGCUCUGCUCCAGGAGAUGAUCAACGUGGGCUGUCAGCUCACCAUGAUGGCCAACAGCAGAGGAGGUUUCCACGCUCCUCGCCUGGUCACCAUCGAGAACUGCAUGAAGCUGACCCAGAUGAUCGUGCAGGGCCUGCAGGAGUCCAAGUCGCCCCUGCUGCAGCUGCCCUACUUCGAGGAGGAGCACCUCCGCUACUGCAUCUCCAAGAAGUACAAAGUCCGCAGUCUGCAGGACCUGGCGAGACUCAAAGACUCGGACCGACGUAGCAUGCUGCACUUUCUGGGCGAGAAGUACGACGAGGUCAUGGCCGUGCUGGGCAGCUUCCCUCACAUCACCAUGGACACCAAACUGCAAGUCCUCGACGACGAAGACAGCAGCAACAUCACGGCCGGCUCCAUCGUCACCGUUACGGUCACCUUGACCAGAAAACGAAUGGUGGAGGUGUUUGAAAAGGAGCAGGAAGCCUUACCGUGUCCCGGAGAGGAGACGGCCCCCGCAGAGGAAGUGGGAGACGCCAGUAAAGCGAAAGCGAAGCAAGUGUGGCAGAACAAGAGCAAAGGCACCAAGAAGACGGCAAAGUCCAAGAAGAAAAAGCUGACCAAGAAGAAGACCACGCCGGCGCUGGCCAAAGCCAAGCAGGCCAACGGAAGCGUGGCGGGAAGCGAGGCGCCGUCGGCGGCCAAGGAGGAGGACGAGGAGGAGGUCUCGGACAAAGGCAGCGAGUCGGACGAGGGCGAGACCAACAAAUACUCUGCCCGCGAGAGAGACGAAGACAGCGACAAGCAGAGCGACACCGAAAUGGACGAGAUGGCCGGAGACGACGAGGAGGAGUGGAAGGCGCUGCAGCAGAGCAUCCAGCGGCGAGAGCGCGCCCUGCUGGAGACCAAGUCCAAGGUGACGCACACGGCCUACAGCCUUUACUACCCCGAGGAGAAGCAGGAGUGGUGGUGGCUCUACAUCGCCGACCGGCGGGACCAGACCCUCGUGUCCAUGCCCUACCACGUCUGCACGCUGAAGGACACGGAGGAGGUGGAGCUGAAGUUUCCGGCGCCAUCCAAAACGGGCAACUACCAAUAUUCGGUCAUCCUGCGUUCGGAUUCCUACUUGGGACUGGACCAGAUCAAACCGCUCAAGCUGGAGGUGCACGAGGCCAAGGCCAUGCUGGACAACCACCCGCAGUGGGACAUUCCCGACACGGAGGAGGAGGACGAGGAGCAAGAGGACAGCGACGGCAUCGAGGAGAGCGAAGACGGCGACGACGAGGACGACGACUGAACGCGUACUCCCUCGGCAUCCCUCCCGCACAUCACGGCAACCCCCCACCCAGCCUCCACCCCCCACCCUUUUCCUCAACACACAAGACUCAGCCGGGACAUUUUUGUACACUACCCCCCCCCCCCCCCCCCCCGACACGCCAGCUGGCCCCUUUUCUAUCUUUGUAUGUGCGCGCCCGCGUUAUGUUUCUAACCCGGCGAGAAUGUGUACAGGUGCAAAUGAGCGGGGGGACGGCGGCGGCCAUCUUGCGAGAGGCCUGCGCGUGUACCGCGCCGCCGCGAAGAAACAUGAUAAAGUUGUUUUCCUUUGGCCUCAAGUUGUAACAAUCGCCGGACAAACGCGUUCCCACCAAAUGGACUUUGUAACGGGACUUCCCGCGUCGGCGUUGGAGCUCCGCUAUGUCCGAAGCGUCUCAUCAUCAGUUUACGUCUCCAAAUAGUCUCUUGAAAAUGUGGAUCAAUUCCAGUGCACCGCAUAUUGUAGAGAUGGCGAUGCCGCACACUGGGAGUGUGUUUAUUUGUUUGGUCAUGUUCGAGAUGGGAGUGCGGGGGGGUGGGAGCAUCUCCGAUGAAAAGGGUAAGAUGGACGCAUAAGGCGUGCAAAAGUGACUCGAGUGUUCAAAUGUGUGGCCGAUAGCAGCUCUCGAAUGGAAUCGUGCGUCGGGGCUGCGCGCGCUUCAAGUACAAUCUUCUGGAGGGCUGUUUUUUUUCCUCAUUAAAGCUUAUGAACAUUUUUGUAUAUUGGCCGCAGGCUGGAA